CUUGUGGCUACCGAUGGUCCCCCUUGCGGAAAUCGUCCAGACGUUUAUUUUGGCCCUGCAAACCAUAUGGAUGAUGAAAUAUACGAAGCUGUUGCAGGAAGUGACUUUGUCAUUACUAGAGUUGCAUUUCGAGACAACUCUUCAAAGUACUACAUAAAUGACCAUGAAAGUAAUUUUACAGAGGUCACUAAGAAAUUGAAAGGAAAAGGAGUGGACUUGGACAACAAUUGGUUUUUGAUUCUUUGGGGUGAAGUCGAGCAAAUUUCUUUAAUGAAGCCAAAGAUUUGUAUUUUCAGCAUUAUUGUAAUUGUAAUUGUAAUUGAUUGAAUGAAGGAUUGUAAUUGAUUAUAAUUGUAAUUGAUUGAAUGAAGGAUUGUAAUUGAUUGUAAUUGUAAUUGAUUGAAUGAAGGAUUGUAAUUGAUUGUAAUUGAAUGAAUGAAUGAUUGUAAUUGA